AUGAUACACGUAGAGCUUACUCUCGCCCUCCCUCUCUCUCUUUGUCUCCCCCCUCCUCCUCUUUCCCUCUCUUUUCUGCUCUUCUCUUCGCCACCUGUUAGUUAGUCUCCCUCUCCUCUCCGCACUGGAAUCCCCUCUUUUUUUAUGAGGAGUUUCACACUUGCGCUAUCAGUGAGCCCUAUGACUGUGCGUAAAGGAAAACGUUUAGGCAUCUCCAUCCAGGAGCACAUGGCCAUCGACGUAUGCCCGGGCCCCAUCCGCCCCAUCCGUCAAAUCUCUGCCUACUUCCCUCGCCUGUCACCCACUUCCUCCUUCUCAGAGCCGCUCUCACCAAAUCAGUUGGCAGCUCCCACCACGCUAAGCCCUGGCAGCACGGGCCAAAGUGGCGGGGCCGCUGGCGGAGGAGGGAGCAGCAGUCUGCUGUCACCAGGAGGGGCGGGCGGAGGGGGCUCACUGUCAGCCAUGAGCAGCAUGGACACUUCCAUCGAGAUCGACAGCUGUGACAGCGAUGAUAACACCUCCCUGGGGACGUUAGAGUUUGACCUAAUGUAUGAGCGAGCCACCAGCUCCUUACACUGCACAGUCCUGAGAGCAAAGGGUCUGAAGCCGAUGGAUUUCAACGGUUUGGCUGAUCCUUAUGUCAAGCUGCACCUGCUGCCGGGAGCCUGCAAGGCCAAUAAACUGAAAACCAAGACCGUUCGCAACACGCUGAACCCUGUGUGGAACGAGACGCUCACCUACUGUGGAAUCACCGAGGAAGACAUGUACCGCAAAACACUCCGGGUGUCCGUGUGCGAUGAAGACAAGCUGACACAUAAUGAGUUCAUUGGGGAGUCGCGGGUGGCCCUGCGUCGCGUGAAGCCUGACCAGACCAAACACUUUAACAUCUGUCUGGAGCAUCCACCUCCUCUGCCUUCACCGACUGCGAUGAGCACAGCCCUGAGAGGAAUCUCCUGCUACCUGAGAGAGUGGGAAACUGAGCAGCAGAGAAGUCUAGAGGAGAGAGGCCGUUUGCUGCUCUGCCUGCAGUACCUCCCCCCCUCCAGCGAUGGCGAUGUAAAGGGCGAGGCCAAAGAGAGGGCUCGUGGUGGGCUGUGCGUGGGCGUCAAACGUUGUGCCCACCUGGCAGCCAUGGAUGUCAACGGCUACUCAGACCCCUACGUUAAAACGUACCUCAAGCCAGACGUUCAGAAGAAGUCCAAGCACAAAACAGCGGUCAUAAAAAAGACUCUCAACCCGGAGUUUAAUGAGGAGUUCUUUUAUGAAAUUACCUUCUCAGAAUUAGCCACCAAGACGCUGGAGGUCACAGUGUGGGACUACGACCUGGGAAAGUCCAAUGACUUCAUAGGUGGUGUGUCCUUAGGGUGUCACUCACAGGGAGAAACUCUGCAGCACUGGAUAGACUGUCUGAAGAACAAGGGCAAGAAGGUGGAGCGCUGGCACACACUGACCAACGAGCUGCCGGGAUCUGCACUGCAGGAAUGAACUGAUCCUAUUCCACCGUACCGACACUGGAGAGACCGCCUGACAAGAGACGUGUCAUCGCAUGCCCUGAGGAUUCUCUGCAUGACUAUGAGGGAUUCAUAUCCUACUUAUUUUGUGUCACUAAUGAGAUCAUAACUCACACCCAAAGGGGGUCACACUCGGAGAUCAAUACACUAAUCUUGGAUCUAAAUAGACCGGAUGCAAAUUUGACAAACAGUUCCUAAUGCAAAGCUGAACAGCAUGAGAAUUUUCAUAAUCAUAUUCAUAGGGAUCUGUGUCCCUUUUGUGGAUCUAAUGUCAGUCUAAAUGCUCUUUGCACUGCUUCAAACAGGUCAGAUCUCAAUCAACAAGAAAAAUUGAAAUCGUGCAAGAAAAUACAAUGAGGGAGAAAGCUGAAUUAUUCUGCAAUUCGACUCUCAUGUCAGGUUUUACUUGCUCUCAUAACAUUCAGCCUGUUAUUUUUCAUUAACUGCUGACAUCCAUCAUUAUGACCAUCCAUCUCACGGUGCACAUACCUCUCCCUUGCAAUAAUUUUCUGCCUAAUGCUUCCGAAGACCUCCAAGUGGUCUUGAUACUGUCAAGACAUUUUGUAUCUAUUGAUCUGAUUGCCAUUGGAUUAUCGGCAGACAGCACAACCUGA